AUUGAAUCUUUGUCAUCGUUCUUAUCCAACGACACUGGUUUAAGCAUGAAGACCACCUUCCUUCUCUCCGCUACCCUUGGAGUUGUCGGUCUUGCAAGCCCGAUGGCUCAACAAAUUCCUGGCAUCGCAACGAUCGAUGUAUGGAUCGGAGACGACUACUUUUUUACUCGUGGUAAUACGACCACAGUUCAGCUCCAACAAAAUAAAUGCUCCAACUUCAACGAGCCGUUCAAUGACUCCAUUUCUGCCAUUGAUCCAACUGCGCCUGAUAAUGGCAAACCACUCACUUGUACCCUUUUCGAGUGAGUAGACAAUACUGCGCAAAAUUGAUCUCAUCGCGCGCUAUUCGGCUCUGAAGAAUGACACUGGCUUAUUUGUACGCAGCCUGCCAAAUUGUGACUUUGCCGGAAGCAGCAUUGUCGUGGAUGACGGGCGUAUCGACGAUCUGCGGACUCUCGAGCCUAACCUUGACAAAAGGAUCUCAAGCAUCUCUUGCAACUGGUGCACUGGUGAGAUUUGCACAACGUAACGUAGAUUCUAUAUAGGGCUGUGCAGG